UCACGAAUCAUCUCGCUUCCGAUCACACUCUUUGGCUCUCUUCUGUCACUCUUAACACAUCGUGUUAGCUUUUUUCGAUCGACACCUGGGGCUCAUAAACUACGGAUUCUCGUAGAAUUCGUAUUAGUAGCCUUUAAUAACACGCAUUUUUGAUGGAUCUUGUCUUGGUUUCGUGUGUUUUCUGUAAAAAGAACCAUAUAGUCCGACAAGAAUCUCGGUUAGCUGACGUUCACAGCUGUAAGCUGUGUGAUUAGCUAGCUUUGCUAGCACACGUUAUUUAGUCGAUAAAGUAAAAUACGACAAACGGCUCCUCUUGCCGGCUUGUUUUCCWUUUCGUAGACCCUGCUUGACUGUGCGUGUUUCUUCUUUUGUAACUGUCAAGCUAAGUUUAGUUUUGUAACUCACUGAAACGGCUAGUGUCGGCAGAGUUUUGUUUAGUUUGCUUUCAGAUCAGCAGCUGAGUUCAUCAUCUGCUCCCAAAAUGAUGGAUUUCGAUAACAUAUUGGACAUCGCGUCUCAAAACCAGGGCCACAGCAAUGUACAGAAGAGAUACAGUUUACAAACCGGACCUCCCAAAAAGGACCCAAAGUCUAAAGGUGUGAACCCUGCUGCUGUGCAGGCACUACUGAAAAAGCAAUACAGUGAAUCAAGAAAGAAAGAAAUCGAAAUGAAGAGACAAAAGGAGGAUCUGUUAGCGAAAAGGGUUGAAUUGAAGUCUGAUCGCAAAGCAAGAGCCAUGGCCUCCAGAACGAAGGACAAUUUCAAAGGCUACAAUGGUAUCCCAGUAGUGGAGGGUCCUAAAAAGAGGACCUCAAAACUUGACAAGCAGCAYGAUCAGUCAAAUGAUGCUGAAAGAUUCAGGAAUAAUUUGAUCCACCCACUGGAUGAUGAAGAUAAUUAUGAAUACGAACAGACCGAUUCAGAGCCGGAGCAAGAGCUGCCACGACCAGGGAGAACCGUAGCUGCAGAAGUGACGAGCRGCGGCGGGGGCAGCAGGUCUUUUUCUAAAAAGCCCAGUGGUCCGCCCAAACCUGCUCCUCCUCCCUUGAACUUUGCGGACUUACUCAAGUUGGCAGAGAAGAAGCAGUUCGAGCCAGUCGAGCUAAAGCCGAAGGUGGUGAAGAAGGAGGAGAGGCUCCGGACAGCUGAUGAGAUUCGGGAACUGGAGAUGGAGCGCAAAGCAAAGAGACUUGACAAAACCAGGGACGUGACCCAGAAAGACAACAAGUCUCAGUCUAGUUCUAGCUCGGUAAGAAAAAGCACUUCACAAAAAGAACAGAAACUCGACAAACCGCAGAUACAAAAGACCUCCUUUGAGAAGCCAACUCUCCCUAAUCCAGGCAAGAAGCCACACCCAACACUGACGAGGGACCGAGGACUUUCUUCUUCUAAGACCCCUGACAGCGAGAGAGAAAGGAGUCGAGACAAGGUUCAGCCCAGUGACAGGGAGAGAUCGAGAACAAGCACUUCUGCUACAGCAGGUGCCAUGAACAAUAGAAUCCCCUCAAAAGCCCAAUCAUCUCAGGUCUCAACCAAGCAAGGAGGCCCCAGAGGACCCUCAUCUGACCCCCACAAAUCCAGCACCUCAAGUGACCUUAGCUUCAGAAGAGACAGUUUGUCGUCGCGUCAAAAGGGAGCGUCGGGUAUGUCAGGGAACAGGCCCUCGAGCUCAGCUGGUCUGGGCCAGAAACCUCAGCAGAAGAACUCGCACCAGACCAGACCCAUUCCAGGGAGCUCCGUAAAGCAGGGGCCUGCAGUCGGAGGCGUCAGAUCUGGCAAAGGAGAACCCAUCAGGUCUGGGAAUAACUCGGUGGUUAAAUCCAGCAGCAGUCCGGGGAUGAGACCAGCUCUGGGCGCUCCUCCUAAACCAGGAGGCCACCCUCAGGGAAGGCCCGGAGGCACCGCUCAGGCCAGACCCGGCAGCGCACCGCAGGUCAGGCCCAGUGGCCGCGGCCCACACGGUCACCCAGGAGGGGGUGGGCUUCGACCUCCGGGAGCUGGACCGGGUAGACCUGGUGGUGGAGGGCCGGUACCAGGGCGCCCGACUGGAAGUCUCGGAUCAGGACCCGGAAGACCAAAGUGCACCGUCGUGUCGGAAACCAUCUCAUCCAAGAACGUUGGAGGAUCCAGACCGGGGGUCCCCCCUCGGCCAGGCAUGCAACAGAGACCUGGGAUGGUUCCCAGACCAGGAAUGCCACCCAGACCGAUGAUGAACAGACCCCCGGGGCCAAUGUUGCCACCCAUUACAUCUGCCUACAAGAGGAAAUAUGAGGAUGAGGAGGAAGAGUACGACCCAGAAAUGGAUGAUUUUAUUGAUGAUGAAGGUGAAGAGCARGAGGAAAUUUCCAGGCACAUUCGGGAGAUUUUUGGUUACGACCGAUCGAAAUACAAAGAGGAGAGCGACUAUGCACUUAAAUUCAUGGAGAGCAGCUGGAAAGAUAUGCAGAAAGAAGAAGCGAGGAGCUUGAAAAUGGCCGUUCAGGAGGACCUGGAGGAGGAGAGACGAGAGGAAGAAGAGCUGAGAAGACAGAAGGCCAAGAGGAAAAAAAACUAACCGAAGCUUCAUUCCUGUUUAGUCAAAAUUCCUUUGUGUUCUGUGAACAAUGGGACUGUGGCGCUGCGAUCUUAAUAUUAAAACCUCCGUAUCCACAUAGGAUCAUGAUACUUUUUUACUACCUGCUGUCCAGAUAGAGAAGAGAAGUUCUAGAGAAAGACAAAAUAACAAUUACAAUAUGCACAAGUCAUUCAGGCAUUAUAUCAGGAAAAGUAUUUUUUGUUUACCUUAUUUAUUUCUCCUGUGUUUUUCCUGGCCUUACAAAAGUCCCAAUCUGUUAAGGGUUGUYACAAAAUCAAAAUAAAUGAAAUAUAUUUUAUUGUUAAUAACAAAGAGUACAGGUUGACAGUUUUCCCUGUUUCUUUUAGCAGAGGCUCUUGAAUAUAUUUUCAAACAAAAAAUAAACAUGACAUAAAAAUGCAGAAAACUUUGCCAUUUCAUAUGUUGUGUAAAAUAAUUUGAAAGAUACAAUUGCAUAAAARAUUGUAUUGUACAGUUCUGUCAGUUUUUGACUACCUUGUAUGUGUAUAUAUACUGUAUAUACAUUCUUUGGGUGCUCUAAGAGGCGUUUUACUGUAGUUCUCUUAUACAUUGUGUUGGAUAUAAUACUUAGUAAAUUGGAUGACGAAGAAAAGUCUCUACAAUUCAUAAUGAAACAAUAGCUGUUAGGUGUGGUUGGAUCAUUUUACUUUGUGGCUUCCCUACAAUGCAAUAAAUUUAAUUUUGAUAGACUGAA